AUGCAGUGCUUCCCUCGCUCCCAGGAUCCCCCGUCAGUGCGUCUGACCCUGGGGGCCUGUGGUUUCCUGAACCAAAGCCGGAAUGUCGGCCUUGGGGCCGUGGACACUGCUCAGCUGGGCUGUGGGGCCCUCGGCCGGCGGCUGGACCAGCUUGGGGAGCGGACGACCCACGCCCGGACUGCGCCCGAGCCAGCGUCCCGCGAGGCCCCACGGUUUGGUUCCUCCGGCCGCGGGAACCCGGCUCGUGCUGAGCCCUCUUCGAGGAGCGCAAAGCCAGGGGACACGAAGCAGCUCCGCUCGGCGGGGACCGGGAGGCCCGAGCGCGGAGCCACGCAGCAGCUCAGUAUCCUGGAGAUAACAGCAGUGGAGGUGGGCGUGGUGGCCAUCAAAGGGCUCUUCUCCGGGCGGUACCUGGCCAUGAACAGGAGGGGACGGCUCUACGCUUCGGAGAGCUUCAAUGCCGAGUGUGAGUUUGUUGAGCGCAUCCAUGAGCUGGGCUACAACACGUAUGCCUCCCGGCUGUAUCGCACGGUGCCCGGCGGGCCCGGGGCCCGGCGCCAGCCCGGCACGGAGAGACUGUGGUACGUGUCCGUGAACGGCAAGGGCCGGCCCCGCAGAGGCUUCAAGACGCGCCGCACGCAGAAGUCCUCCCUGUUCCUGCCCCGCGUGCUGGACCACAAGGACCACGAGAUGGUGCGGCUGCUCCAGGGCGGGGCCGGGCUCCGUGGAGGUCAGUCCAGGCCUCCUGGCAGGACGGCCCGGCCCCUGCGGCAGCGACAGCGGCGGAGGCGGCGGGGCCGAGCUUAGCCCUGGCCUGGGGAGUGGAGGCCUUGAGCGUCUCGGCCCCGCAGCUGGGCUCCAAGCUCCGGCCGCCCAGCUGGAAGGUGCGGACCAGCCAACGGGUGCUCGGUGUUCACGGUCAAAGCAGACCGCCAUGCAUGCCCUUCAUGACUCGGGGCUGGCUGCUGUUUCCAGGGUCGACAGAGCAUCCCAACUCUUCCUGCUUCCCUCAGACAAGGGUCCUGUCAGAGCUAGAGGCCCCGUGUUGUGACUCGGAGGGAGCCUGCUUUAAGCCAAGACACUUGUGGGUCAACGUUGGCCUGGGGCGCCCCUCGCCCAAGGGGUGACCAGCUGAAGCCACGGA